ACAUCAGCUCAUCUGUCAUUUUAUUCCUGAAGACGUUUUGAAAAGUUUGUCUUUUCAUAUAUUUGUGGACUUAAAGUGUUGAAGAUGUUUCGGAUUGUUUUCUUCUGUCUGUGUUUUUGGCGUCUGGAUGGUGUGCGUGAUAAACAGGAAUUGAAGUUUAUGAUGGAGGAAGAUUCAUUCAAGUUUAUGCUGGAGGGAGAGUCACUCACUAUAAGCUCUGAUCUCACUGAAAUAAAGGAUGAUGAUGUGAUUCAGUGGAUCUAUGGAGAUUUUAGGACUGAAACUUUAAUCGCUGAAAUCAAUGUAACGGCCGACAGAAUCGCUGUAUAUGAUGAUGUUCUUGAUGGGAGAUUCAGAGACAGACUGAAGCUGAACAAACACACUGGAUCUCUGACCGUCAUAAACAUCACUGAAGAGAUAGGAUAUUAUUCUCCACAGAUCAACGGUUUGAGGAAGAGAACGAUCAAAAUUGGUGCCUAUGAACCAGUGACUCUGACGUCAGCGACGAAGGGAGAAUCAGUCACUCUAAACUCUGGUCUCACUGAAAUAAAGGAUGAUGAUGUGAUUCAGUGGAUGUUGGAUGAUGAUAAGAAUGAAAUUUUAAUCGCUGAAAUCAAUGUAACGGCCGACAGAAUCGCUGUAUAUGAUGAUGUUCUUGAUGGGAGAUUCAGAGACAGACUGAAGCUGAACAAACACACUGGAUCUCUGACCAUCACAAACAUCACAACUGAACAUGCUGGAUAUUAUAAACGAUAUGCUCAACAAAUUAAAUCUAAGUGGGGUUCGGACAGUGAAGUCCUUCUCUCUGUCUUUGUUGAAAUAUCAGUGAUGGAAGGAGAAUCACUCACUAUAAACUCUGAUAUCACUGAAAUAAAGCGUUAUGAAUGGAUUCGGUGGAUAUUUGGAGAUGAAAACAUUUUAAUCGCUGAAAUUGAUGGUGACAGAAUCGCUGUAUAUGAUGAUUAUCUCGGGAGAUUCAGAGACAGACUGAAGCUGAACAAUCAAACUGGAUCUCUGACCAUCACAAACAUCACAACUGAACAAGCUGGAGAUUAUAAACUGAUCCAUAGGAAGGAGGAUUGGUCUUCAAUAUGGUUCUCAGGAAAAGCUUUCAGAGUUUCUGUCUCUGCUCGUCUGCCUGUUCCUGCCAUCAAUAGAGACUGUUCUUCAUCAUCAUCAUCAUCUUCAUCACCACCAUCAUGCUGGCAUUUACUGUAUGCUUAUUUUCAUGUGGCUUAUAUUUUAGUAACUCCGUUUUACAAUGUCAAUUUGAUAUCGAUAAAUUAAUUUCGGGGCAUUAUUUAAAACUGAAGCAUUCAAGUAGAAAUAACACAAACCCUGCUCUGCUGUACGGCUGAACUGUGCAGAAUACAGCAAAUAUCACAUUAUAAUUAAAAGGAUCUAAUGCAAACUUGUGUCAAAAACAGCACUAGAAAACCAUUGUAAACCAAGCGAACGUCAUAAGUUGACCUCAGACAACAAUAUAAUAAAAUGUAAAAAGCCAGUUCGUGACCCCUUUAAUGCAUCCGAUCUGAUUCAGUGAACGCUUGAAUAAAGAGAUGCGUCUUUAAUCGAGUUUUAAACUGGGACAGCGAGCCCAUCAGGAAGGCUAUUCCAGAGUUUAGGAGCUAAAUGUGAGAAACGGCCUCCCUCCUUUAGUGGACUUAGAUAUCGAUAGAUCUGAGAGAAAGUCUGCAAACUCUUUUAGGAGAUCAGCAUAGGGCCGAGGGGUGUAUAUACAGUAGCCAAGGCUAGAGAUAAUGGGGAUUUCUUUCUUACGUCUAAGAGCGUAACAUUUAGCACAAGUGCUUCAAACGAAUUAAACCUGUGACCUGUUUUUGUGAUCUGUGUGUAACAUUGUAAAUUCUGUUUUUUUUACUGAUCAAGUAAUUCGAUUUUGAUUGAUUGGGGACUUUAAAAAUGACUUCCAAUCACACUUAAAGUCUCACAUGUCUUGUGUUGUUAUUAUAGUUCAGAUCGACUAAUCACGACACAUUUCUCUCAAAGACACAGAUCUCACUUUACAAAAUGCUGGAUUAAUCUGUCAUAUGAAUAUGCUUGCCUUUGUCAAUAAAGUUUUUUAUUGUUUU